AUGACAACUCUCAAUCCAGAAACCCUCUCUUUCCUUCUCCUCUGGACCCUGCCAGGGCAGGUCCUCCUCAGGGUGGCCUUGGCAAAAGAGGAAGUCAAACCUGGGACCAAGGGGUCCCAGCCCAUGUCCCCCUCUGAUUUCCUGGACAAGCUUAUGGGGCGAACAUCUGGAUAUGAUGCCAGGAUUCGGCCUAAUUUUAAAGGCCCACCUGUGAAUGUGACCUGCAAUAUCUUCAUCAACAGUUUUGGCUCCAUCACCGAGACUACCAUGGACUACCGGCUGAAUGUCUUCUUGCGACAACAGUGGAACGACCCACGCCUGGCCUACCGAGAAUAUCCUGAUGACUCGCUGGACCUCGAUCCCUCCAUGCUGGACUUGAUCUGGAAGCCAGACCUGUUCUUUGCCAAUGAGAAAGGGGCCAAUUUCCACGAGGUGACCACAGACAACAAGUUGCUGCGCAUCUUCAAGAAUGGAAACGUGCUCUACAGCAUCAGGCUGACUCUCAUUUUGUCCUGCCCGAUGGACCUCAAGAACUUCCCCAUGGACAUUCAGACCUGCACGAUGCAGCUGGAGAGCUUUGGCUACACCAUGAAUGACCUCAUGUUUGAGUGGCUGGAAGAUGCUCCUGCUGUCCAAGUGGCCGAGGGGUUGACUCUGCCUCAGUUUAUCUUGCGGGAUGAGAAGGAUCUAGGCUAUUGUACCAAGCACUACAACACAGGGAAAUUCACCUGCAUCGAGGUAAAGUUUCACCUGGAACGACAGAUGGGCUACUAUCUGAUUCAGAUGUAUAUCCCCAGCCUACUCAUCGUCAUCCUGUCCUGGGUCUCCUUCUGGAUCAACAUGGAUGCUGCCCCUGCCCGAGUGGGCCUAGGCAUCACCACUGUGCUCACCAUGACAACUCAGAGCUCUGGCUCCCGGGCCUCUUUGCCUAAGGUGUCCUAUGUGAAGGCAAUCGACAUCUGGAUGGCCGUGUGCCUGCUCUUUGUGUUCGCUGCCCUGCUGGAGUAUGCUGCUGUCAAUUUUGUCUCUCGUCAGCAUAAGGAAUUCAUUCGACUUCGAAGAAGGCAGAGGCGCCACCGCAUGGAGGAAGAUAUCAUCCAUGAAAGUCGCUUUUAUUUCCGUGGCUAUGGCCUGGGCCACUGCCUGCAGGCAAGGGAUGGAGGUCCAAUGGAAGGUUCUGGCAUUUAUAGCCCCCAACCUCCAGCCCCACUUCUAAGGGAAGGAGAAACCAUGCGAAAACUCUACGUGGACCAGGCCAAGAGGAUUGACACCAUUUCCCGAGCUGUCUUCCCUUUCACUUUCCUCAUCUUCAACAUCUUCUACUGGGUUGUCUAUAAAGUGCUACGGUCAGAAGAUAUCCACCAGGCACUGUGA